AUGAACACGGUGAGGGCUACGAACACGACGAGACACAGGACACGGUCACGUAAUGGAUGCAUCACUUGUCGUACUCGGCAUAUCAAGUGCGACGAGACCAAGCCCGUGUGCUUUAACUGUCAAAGGUCCAACAGAAACUGUGUCCAUGGUCAACGCUAUACCUUCAAAAACUACACUGCAGAGAGGGGGCCAGUACCCAGGACUACGAGAAACUUUGAGACCCUUGAGUUCAUUGAUCACAGCUAUACAGUGCAUAGAAUCUACGGGUUCAACAAGUUCCACAACUACAGCUCAUGGCUGAGGCACCAUACACAAGAAGAGCUGGAGAGGAGCAACAAGAGUUUUGAUACACCCACUGAGCAGUUAGUGGAUGUUGCUAGCAUCAUGAGAACAUUGGCCAAGGUAUCCAGGCUGAGCUCAGAACAGGAGAUGUUUAUUCAUGAAGAUUCGUUGGCACAGGACUUACCAAGAGAACAAGAUAAUGAUCCGCCAGUUCAUGAAGAUAACGCUAUAACGACUGAGUUGUUCAUAGAACUUAUCGACUCUUUACCAAAUUUCCACGCUAGGGAUUUUGAUGCUAAUUUUGGCAAGUUUAUCGAUGCAUUGUGUCGAUGUAUCAAAACCCACGAGAUUGAUCUAUUCACAGCGUCAAAUGCACAAAAGACAAGGAUUUCCAAGUUCAUCCAGGAAGUGUUUAACAUUGAGACCUGGAGCGAUUCACCUUCUUCGUUGAAGAAGUUUGAGCAACUGCAAAGUUAUGGAAUACUUAUGAAUCUGUAUGAGUUGAUGCUCGUGGGACUUUGCGAUGCGAUCUUGACUGGACAUGAGAACAUGUUUCGAAGCAAUGAUCAGGACAAUUUCCUCUCAAAUGAAAUACUCCAUAUGAACCUGUUUGACGAUUUGAGCUAUUUCCUCGUGGCCUCGUCCAUGAACCUGCUCUGUCUCAACAAUCUCUUGCAUCGUGUUGCAUCUAAUGGUUCAGGAACCAGCACAGAGGUACAGGAGAAGCUUACUGGGAUCAUCUGGGACAUUAAGAGGCUCGAGAAUAACCAGUUCGUGCUGAACUUUUGUCCCCAAUGGCAUAUGAACAAGCUACAGUUUGGUAGCUUGAAGAUGAGAAGGGUUUCCAUCUAUUAUAACUACUCGAUUUGGUACCUGCUGAUGAUGUUCUCCUUGACGGCGGAGCAGAGGGAAAUACUGUUCCAGCCUAGUCCAUUACAACAGUUUUGGCAUAGCUAUGUUGACAUUGAUGUAGGCAGAUGUCUGGACCUGUGUAAGGACGGAGUUGAUCUCAGAGAUGAUCCAUUUAUGAGCUUUCUACUACAUCCUCCUCAUUGA